AUGCCCUUGCGCGCGCAAUGGAUUGCAGACAUGGACCCUGACAGCACUACCAACACAGAGCCCAUGGCUAAUGAAGAUGAGCCUCUUUUCAGCAACCUUGACCUCUUCCUCUUCUCUUUGAUCGUUGGCCUUGUCAUCUACUGGUUCAUGUCGCGCAAGAAGCCUGAACCCAUCCCUGACUUUAAGAAGAUUGUACCAAUAGCCCCCACAACAAGAGAAACAAGUUUCAUCGAGAAAAUGAAGAAAACGGGAAAGAACAUUAUUGUGUUCUACGGCUCCCAAACUGGCACGGCAGAAGAGUUUGCCAACAGACUCUCCAAAGAUGCCCAGCGCUAUGGCAUGAAAGGAAUGGCUGCUGACCCAGAGGAAUAUGAAAUGGGUGAACUGUCUCGAUUGUCUGAGAUCAAAAACUCGCUAGCCAUAUUCUGUAUGGCCACCUAUGGAGAAGGAGACCCGACAGAUAAUGCCCAGGAUUUCUACGAUUGGCUGCAGGAAAAUGAUGAUGAGGACCUUUCUGGACUCAACUUCACGGUAUUUGCUUUAGGCAACAAAACAUAUGAACAUUACAACGCCAUGGGGAAAUACGUUGACAAAAGGUUGGAGGAACUUGGGGCCAAGCGCAUUUUUGACCUCGGUUUAGGAGAUGAUGAUGGCAAUUUGGAAGAGGACUUCGUCUCAUGGCGAGAGCAGUUUUGGCCUGCGGUUUGUGAGCACUUUGGAGUGGAAGCCUUGGGCGAUGACUCGAGCAUACGCCAAUAUGAGCUCAAGGAGCACACUGACAUCAACAUGAAUAAAGUGUUCACAGGAGAGAUUGGCCGUCUGAAGAGCUUUGAGAUCCAGAAGCCACCAUAUGAUUCCAAGAAUCCGUUUUUGGCCCCAGUCACUGUCAACCGUAAACUCAAUAAAGGUGGUGAGAGGCAUCUGAUGCACCUGGAAUUAGACAUUUCAGGCUCUAAGAUCAGAUACGAGUCAGGAGACCAUGUGGCUGUUUUCCCUACAAACGAUGCGGCAUUGGUGAAUAAGUUGGGGCAAGUCCUUGGCGUGGACCUUGAUGUGGUUAUCUCUCUGAACAACCUUGAUGAGGAGUCCAAUAAAAAGCACCCUUUCCCCUGCCCUACAACAUAUCGCACAGCUCUGACGCACUACCUCGACAUCACACAUCCUCCUCGCACCAAUGUCCUCUAUGAGCUUGCACAGUAUGCCUCCGAUCCCAAAGAACAGGAGAAUAUGCGCAAGAUGGCCUCCUCCUCCCCUCAGGGCAAGGCGCUCUACCAGAGUUGGGUGUUGGAGCCCUGUAGAAAUAUUCUUGCCAUUCUAGAGGACAUGCCAUCUUUAAGGCCCCCCAUUGACCACCUGUGUGAACUACUGCCUCGUCUCCAGGCUCGCUAUUACUCCAUAGCCUCCUCCUCUAAAGUUCAUCCAAACAGCAUCCACAUAUGUGCAGUGGUGGUGGAGUACAAGACAAAGACGAACCGUAUCAACAAGGGAGUGGCCACUAACUGGUUGAAGAACAAGUUGGUCACUGACAAUGGCCACAAAUCUACUGUUCCCAUGUAUAUCCGCAAGUCUCAGUUCCGCCUCCCCUUCAAGGCCAGCGUCCCGGUUAUUAUGGUUGGUCCAGGGACAGGAAUUGCGCCUUUCAUGGGCUUCAUCCAAGAGAGGGGCUGGCUCAAACAGCAAGGAAAGGAAGUCGGAGAGACGGUGUUGUUCUAUGGCUGUAGAUAUAAGAAUGAAGAUUAUCUCUACCAAGAAGAGCUCGAGGAGGCUGAGAAGAAUGAAGUCCUAACAAGGUUGAAUGUUGCCUUCUCCCGAGACCAGGAGCACAAGGUUUACGUUCAGCAUCUCUUGAAGAAAAAUAAGGAGGACAUCUGGAAGCUCGUUCACGCAGAAAAUGCACAUAUCUACAUUUGUGGGGAUGCAAGGAACAUGGCAAAGGAUGUGCAGAUUGCCUUCUAUGAGAUAGCAGAAGAGGUUGAAGGCAUGACACGGACCCAGGCUACAGACUACAUCAAAAAACUGAUGACCAAGGGACGCUAUUCACAAGAUGUAUGGAGUUAA